ACAAAUUUUGUCGUUGACGAGGUAACGAAUAUCGUAAAGGAAAGCAUAGAAGGCACAAUCGGCUCGAACGUCUACUCGCAUAAUAAAGUUCAACAUUGGACAUCUACAAUCAUCGAACAAUGUUUGAGUCAGUUAACUAAGCUCAACAAACCUUUCAAAUAUAUAGUAACCUGCAUCAUUAUGCAGAAAAAUGGUGCUGGACUGCAUACCGCAAGUUCAUGCUAUUGGGACAAUUCUACAGACGGUAGCUGCACAGUUAAAUGGGAAAAUAAAUCUAUGUACUUCAUCGUUAGUGUCUUUGGCCUUGCAAUAUAG